AUGAAACGGUCGAAGGAACCGGACCAGCAAAACGGGUGUGAGGAGUGUAAUUGCGACAUUAUACGCGCUAACAUGUCCACAACAACAUCUAAAACUAAAAACUCUUCCUCGAAGAUCAUCCGGCGAUCGAAACUCCCUCAACGAGUUCCCGAAGAACAUCCAGAAGAGGAUUUUUACGACAGUGAAACUGACGACGAAGACGAUGAGAUUGUUUACCUCAAGUUUUCCAUGUGGAAUGUAAUGGGAUUCCCCAGAUCUAUCCGGUUUUACCGCCUGUUAACGUGCUUGUUAAUAGUCGGAUUUACGUUAAAUUAUGGGUGUGCUCAACAAAUCUCAAACCCGUUUUUGGCCGAUGAUGAAACUCCAAAUACUACUUACAUAUCACAAGUAAGUAUUCGGACUAACCUUACAAAUUAUGGAAACAAGCAACGGCGUAUUUUACAGAAAAUAGCUUUACGAAUACUGUAGAAAGUAAUGUUGCCAAAUUUUAGGUUCUAAACCGGUUGGUAGACAAAUCUAAAUAUGAUAAGCGCUUGAGGCCGACUUAUGGUGGAGGUCCAGUCAUGGUUGGCAUCACACUUCACGUCUCUUCGAUCAGUGCAGUCUCUGAAGUCGACAUGGACUUUACCAUCGAUUUUUAUCUUCGGUAAGUACCACUAUUUCAUGGACUGCCUUUUAUUUUGGACAUGUUAAAUUACCAUGGCUUAUCCAGUUUUAAAGAGUUAGGGUAGGGUUUGGACUGACAGAUAAAUGUUUCCAUCACUAGCAAAGAACUGUGGUUGCCUUGGCAAACAAUGGCACUACGGUCAGAAAUCUGAGUUACUUAUUGGUGAGUCCAAAAACUACCUAUUUCCAAACUGGCCAAAACAACCACAAAAACAAAAUCAGCCCCAAACUGUGCAUCAAUCCCAUCUAAUACACCUAUUCUAGACAAACCUGGCAAGAUCCUCGCUUAGCCUUUGGAAAAUUGGACCUGGGCUUUCAGAAGAUCAAAUCACUAACUGUGGGUGUCGAAUACCUAGACCGAUUAUGGAAGCCGGACACAUUUUUCCCCAACGAAAAGAAGUCUUUCUUCCACACCUCCACUUCUCACAAUUCUUUCCUCCGAAUUGAUCCGGAUGGCCGAGUUCUGUUGAGUCAACGGUUAACAGUCACUGCCACAUGUCCAAUGCAGCUGAAGCUGUUCCCUAUGGACACACAAGAGUGCAAAUUAGAGAUCGAGAGCUACGGUUACACAACAGCGGAUAUUGAGUUACAUUGGGGAAAGAUCAAGGGAGAAGAGCCCGCCAUAAAGGCGGUCGCUUUUGAUUCGUUCGGAUUACCUCAGUUCUACAGAACAGGAUAUCGAGUCAACGUUACGGAGGCUGUAACUUCAUCGGGUAAGGAAUGAACGACAUUUAGGAGUAAUUUAAAAUUUGAACCAACCUAAGUUAACAUAACAAUGUUUAAUUUCAGGUCGUUAUGUCCGUCUCUACGUCCAAAUGAUCCUAUCCCGAAACCUGGGUUUCUAUCUGAUGAACAUAAUCAUUCCCUCAAUGCUGAUUGUGAGCAUAUCAUGGGUAUCUUUUUGGUUGAAUCGAGAAGCCUCGCCAGCUCGGGUUGGUCUGGGUGUAACCACUGUGUUGACAAUGACCACUUUGAUCACAACUACCAACAAUUCCAUGCCCAAAGUGUCCUAUAUCAAGGUGAGAAAAACAUCUAGAUUGAAAAAGCAUUGAAAACCAAGCUAAACUUAUAUUAUCCAUGAUUUCAGGGGCUCGACGUUUUCCUCAACUUUUGUUUCAUCAUGGUGUUCGCGUCGCUUGUAGAAUAUGCGGUGGUUUCCUAUUGGAAUAAACGACAAUCUCGGAGAAGACAACAACGAAAAGCGCGAGCUCAGAACAACGAGCCAACGGAAAUGCCAAUGUUUACGAAUUACCCGACAACUCCAGCUGGUGGAUUGGCUGUUUCCCCGAACCAAAGCUAUGUCUAUCGACCGCCUGGAUUGCCGAGUGUUCCUCCAGAUUGCGACUGUCGGUAAGUUGAUCGGAUUUCUGUUUUUCGACAUGUUUCUUGAGUUAUUUCGGAAUGCCAAUAUUGAUUUGGCAUUAAAAGUUUUUGUGAUGGGACUAAAAACUUUAUCUCUUGUGCCGUAUUUUACCUAGAAUUUUCAGCGCAAUCCCUCUCGUUCAAUAUGCUCAAAUGACCAACGAUAACACUUUCCAUCAAACAAUUCCUUUCCCGAAAAUGCGGAGGAAACGGUCCAUCAAGUGCCAAGUACAAUGUUCUCCGGCGAAAAUAGAUCGAUGCUCGAGAGCUGUCUUCCCAUUGACCUUCAUCAUCUUCAACGUCCUUUAUUGGACUGUGAUGAGGAAGUUGGCGGAGAACGCGAUCGUUCGGGACUUCCAGGAGUUUAAAAACAAUGUCGAAUAA